CCCAGCAAGAAACGAUUUGCUCAAACAAAUUUGCGAACGGGAUAAAACCGACAGCACACAGUUGACAACAACCUUAGCUGAAUUUCUAGUCGCGAGAUCGACUUCUCGAWGACAAGGCAAGAUGGAGCACCAACAACAUGAAGGGUCAGACGAAGAAACGACAAUUUUUGAGGAAGGCAACAUACCCAAAAUCUUUCAGGAUCUUGACCAAACUUUUCGCUGCGGAAUUUGUUUCAGUCUUUUCGACAAAGCAGUUACGAUAAAGGAGUGUGGUCAUACUUUCUGCUCGGUGUGUAUCCGUAGCCACUGGGUGGCAGUACGGCGUGGCGCUCACCGGCAAGAGCGUGCUUGUCCAUUAUGCCGAACAGUUGUUAAUACCAUGGAUGUAGACAAGGCUCUGGUAAUGAAUAGAAGUAUUCAAGAUAGUGUCAAAUCUUUCAAGCAAAUAUUAUUGAACCAUCAUAGAUCAUCGAAAGACGUGAAUGAAAAUUCACCACCACCUCGUUCCCAGAUAACGAGACAACGAAGGAAAAUUCAGAGACCAUCGGAAARUAAUCUAGAUUAUGAAGACAAAUGCACGAGGGGCAAAAGAAAAAAUAUCGGCAACGGUUACGAAGAUAAGAAGGACUUACCCAUCCAAAGAAAGAUGCAGUCAAGAAAUUACUCGCGAAUGAAGAAAACCGAACUGCAAAAACUAUGUAUAGAAUACAAUAUUCCAAAGACUGGAAAUGAACAAGAACUAAUAGAUCGAAUGCGGAAGUUCCAGAGCAUGUGGAACGCUGAAGUGGACAGCAUCGAGCCGAAGACACCGUCCGAUCUGGCAGUAGAGCUUAAGAACGAAUUACAUGCGCAAAGAGACGAACAGAAGCGUGCUCUYAUCACCGGUGCCGCGGGUGAUAUGAACUGCAUUAAGAAACUGAAUGAAAAUAUGAAAAGUGGAAAUAUUACUAGCGGCAACGCGAAGUUUGACAAGAAAAUCAAUUCAAACUUCGAUUCUUUAGUGAAGCAAUUGAGAGAUCGUAAAGAGAAAGAAUCUGGUUCAUCCACCAUCGCUGUGAAGGCUCCCUGUGACGRAAGAAAUGAUUGCGGAGAGAACGAUAGUCAUAAACGCAUACUAUCAGACSAUUGCGAGGAUCAGACAUCUUCAACGAAACCUUSUAGAUCUUCUCCCGAUGUGAUUGAUAUUGAAGCCUGCCCUGACGUGCCUCACAGUGGAACACGGAACCCCGUUGUCAASAGUAUUAAAACACCUAGGUCCUCAUCAAGGGAAUCGGUYUCUUCCUCUAUACCAACCCCUUCAGCCCCUCUUCCACCCACAACUUCUUAUCGUGUAAACAAGUCAAAGAGAACGAAAAUUGUUGACGAACAAUCAAACMGGACGAGACGAUCCACACCUUCACCUUUAGUUUCUAUGAAUCGYAUCGAUUGGGCAUGUGAUAGAUGCACUUUCGUGAAUAAUGGGAUGGACUACAUGUGUAAAAUCUGUGGUAACAGGAGGGCAUGAYAUUAUUUGAACAUUUUCGCGAAUAUUCACCGGUAUGAUCAGGAAACAAAARGAAGUGGUUCACUCCGUAUCACAGAACGAACACCUUAAGUAUUUCGCAGGAAGUACACACAUUGCUAUAGAAAACCAUUACAAUAGACCGAGUCUUCAACGUAAAUCUAUUGGUCCCCAACAAAGAAAUGCCGCCAUGCCUGUUCGUAUCCAAAUCAGAAGUUCAAAKAAAGUAGAUGUCGGACGCGGUGAAAUUCUUUACCCAGACCUAAACGUAGCGAGUCGUUACACACCCGACCACCAUAAUCUAGUCGUCAGCACCCUAGCCUUGAAGACGCAAAUCUCCGACCGAUUUAUAAAAUAAUGCACAGAAU